AAAUCUCCAGAGUUCAAAAGUCAGGAGCAAUCACAGCCCAAAUAGGACCAUCAUGAUCCGCUCGUCGCUAUUGUGGCUGACCGUCAUAGCCACUCUGGCGCUUCUACCCCUCACUCUCGCUGUCAAGUCAGAGGACUUUAAGCAAUGUUCACAGACCUCGUUCUGUCGACGUCUCAGAUCAAUCGCGUCAAAGCAGGAAGCUGCACCGGAGGGUACUUUCAACUCUCCUUAUUCUCUGGGAACAGCUGUUCCCAUACAAGAUGGCGGCUCUUGGAAGUGGCCUAUUCAGUCGUCGCUUUAUCCCGAAAUAAACUUUGAGUUACGCGUUGACGUGCUCAAGGAAGGCAAUGGGAUUGCCCGCGUCAGGAUUGAUGAGGUAAGGUCUUCUACUCCUUUUAAAAGGUACGACGAAACCGCCAAAUGGGCAUUGCUCAAUGCCGAACCUGACGUCGACCCUUCUGCCUCGCUCAAAAUGGCCAACGGUAAGAGCGUCAUCACGUAUGGCCCUUCUUCGUCCAUCUCCCUCGAAGUCAUCCACUCCCCAUUGAAGAUCACCCAAUUGCGUAAUGGCAAACCCGAGAUCGUGUUCAACGACCGAUCCCUCUUCCACAUGGAACACUUCCGUGUUAAGGACGUGGAAUCUGCUAAAGAAGUCUUGGGAGAGGGAGAGCAGGCUGUCCUUGGAGGCGAUGCUCUCGAUCGCAGCUGGUUUGAAGAGUCCGAUUCCGAUGCUUUCCAAGAGAAGUGGAAGAAAUGGGUCGACACCAAGCCCAAAGGGCCUGAGGGUUUUGCUCUCGACAUUUCCUUCCCAGGUGUCCAACACGUAUACGGACUUCCCGAACACGCUUCACCACUUUCACUCCCUGACACUGUCGGUCCUAACGCGUACUACUCUGAUCCUUACCGUCUAUUUAACGUUGACAUCUUCGAGUACCUUGCCGACUCUCCCAUGUCUUUGUACGGUGCUAUCCCUUUACUCCAUGCUCAUUCCAAGACCCAUUCUGUUGGUGUACUGAACCUUGUCGGCUCUGAAACCUGGGUUGACGUCCUCCACACCUCAACAGAUGUCAAGACCCAUUGGAUUUCCGAGUCGGGUAUUCUCGACCUCCUCCUUCUUCCCGGUCCGUCCCCCACCGAUCUCUUCAAGCAAUACGCCAUUCUCACGGGACCCACUCCGCUUCCUCCCCAGUGGUCAACGGCGUAUCACCAGUGCAGAUGGAACUAUAAUGAUCAAGACGACGUACUUGAAGUGGACGCAAAGUUCGAUGAGGCGGAUAUGCCCCUUGAUGUCACUUGGCUUGAUAUUGAAUAUGCUGAGGAGCAUAGAUAUUUUGACUGGGACAAGAAGCAUUUCCCUAAUCCUAAUGCUAUGCUCGAUGCCGUGGCUUCCAAAGGCCGAAAGAUGGUUGCUAUUAUUGACCCUCAUAUCAAGAGGACCGACUCUUUCAGGAUCUACUCCGACUCCAAAGACCUUGACAUACUCGUCAAGAAAUCGGAUGGCAACAACUUUGAAGGAUGGUGCUGGACCGGUAGCAGCGCAUGGGUGGACUUUUUCAACCCCAAGAGUUGGGAUUGGUGGACCAAGAUGUUUGACUUCAAGGUCUGGAAGGACUCUACCAAUGCGCUUUUCAUCUGGAAUGACAUGAACGAACCUUCCGUUUUUGACGGCCCUGAAAUAAGUAUGCCCAGGGACAACAUUCAUGCUGGGGGAUGGGAGCACCGAGAUGUGCACAACAUCAACGGUAUGCUCUUUCAUAAGCAAACUUCCCAAGCUCUGAUCAAACGGGAAAAACCCGCUCAGAGACCUUUCGUCCUUUCCCGAUCUUUCUUUGCCGGUUCUCAACGUUACGGCGCCAUCUGGACCGGUGAUAAUCUUGGUGACUGGGAACACCUAGCUGGUGAGACAGCCAUGCUCCUCUCCAACAACAUUGCUGGCAUGUCCUUCUGCGGCGCCGAUGUUGGCGGCUUCUUUGGUAACCCCUCACACGAACUCCUUGUCCGCUGGUAUCAAGCGGGCGCUUUCAUGCCUUUCUUCCGAGCCCAUGCUCACCUCGACACCAAGCGCCGUGAACCCUAUCUCUUCGAAGAACCCAUCAGGAGCUACCUCAAGGACGCUCUGAGGUUGAGAUACGCCCUGUUACCUGUUUGGUACAAUGCUUUCAAGGAGGCUAGUGUCUGGGGCUUGCCCAUUAUGAGGCCGCAAUAUGCAGUCUUCCCCGGAGAUGAGAAAGGUUUCAAGAUUGAUGAUCAGUAUUACAUUGGUGGGGAGGGGCUUUUGUUCAAGCCUGUUGUUCAGGAAGGUGCUGUGACGACUGACGUUUACAUUUCUGAUGAUCAGCCCUAUUACGAUUACUUUACCCACCGCCUCUACCCUUCCUCCCCCCAAACCACUUUGACACUCCACACACCACUUUCUACUUUCCCUCUCCUCCUUCGCGGUGGUCACAUCAUCCCCAUCCGUCCUCGUCCCCGUCGAUCAUCCCCUCUCAUGUGGCAAGAUCCCUUCACUCUCAUCAUCGCCGUUGGUAAAGAUGGCAAAGCGAAGGGCCAAGUGUAUCUUGACGAUGGGGUUGGUUAUGCGUAUGAGAGUGGGGAGUUUGUCUGGAGGGUGUUUGAGCUUGAUGGCAAAGUGCUUCGCUCAAAGUCACAUGAAGAGGGCAUAAAGAGUAAGGAGACAGGCGUAGCUGUGUAUAAGCAAGAAAAUGCCUUUGCCGAGGCUGUCUCGCACGUCAAGAUCAACUCAAUUGUCUUCCUUGGUCUGUCCGACAAACCAACUAGCAUCAAAUCGAAUGGUAUAAAGCUCGAGUAUGAAUGGGAGGAAGGGGAGGAUGCGAAGGGCAAGAAGGAGGGUAGGGCCAGUGAACUUAGGGUGAAGAACCCCGGUGUGGGAGUUGUGGAAGACUGGGAAAUUGUUUUUGCGUAGAGCAGUGUUACGAAGAUACUCAGUAGAUGUAGGAUAACGAAGGAGCGGAAGGGAAAUUGUGUAUAGAAGUCGAAGAUAUUUACAAAUUAUUAUCAAAUCAGCCUUUCACAGAAAGAACAAAUGGAAGACUUUACUAUCAUUGUUCUUGGGGUUAGCUAGCUAUGUCAUGGCUUCCUGCAGUGUGUUGACGGAGUCCGGACGAGCCUAUCUGAUGAUAUAUACAAGUCGCUAGUGGAGGGGAAGAUCGCAAGCGGAGAUCAUACACUCUCUUUGUGGGUAACGUAUUACCCGUGUCUGCUGGCCAUGCCCUUGGUACGGAUGAUCAUGCAUUCGGUCGCUUGAUUAGACAACCCCGUUACAUGAUUGCGCUUGCUCGCCCCUCUUUCUCGAGUGGCAUGAUCAAAUGGCGCAUAUGUAAGAUCAGCUAAGAUCAGCCGGUUUUUCGAUAUGGGACUUGAUCUUGCAUUAUCAGGCAAAACAAGACUUGAUCGCGCCCCAUCGCAUUAUUAGAUCGCAGCUUUACAAGUCUGGUA